GGAAGGUAGUAUAGAGCGGCGAUAGGUGCGCGCGCAGGGCGGCGGGCGCGGCGCGGCCCGUCAGUCCGGCCGCCCCCGCCGCUCGCUCCGGUCCCGGCGCCGCCGGGUGCUGUGCCGGAUGCCGCUGCCGGCCGCCGCCUGCGAUGGUCCACGCCGGGCCGGUGCGCGCUCCUACCCGCGCUAUGUUCACCGCCGCUGAGACCAAACCGCGCCGCGCCGUCUCCCCGCUCGGUAUUCCGAAAUCCCCGUCGUUCCAUUCGGGUCUCGAUCUGGUAGCUAGUCAAACUACCAAGCGCUCCGAAAGCGUGUCCGACGUCGCUCGUGCGUUCCGUUUUGCUCUUUUCUCUGGUGGAAUGGAGGCCCCGGGUCCGCCGCAGAUGGCGCCGUCGCCGCCGGGCGCGCGCAGCCCGCCUGCAGCUGCGAUCACACCCGAACGGCUCGCCGUGCCCGCUGAUAAAGAGAGCCUCAUGGUCCAAUUGCCCAUACUUAAAGAUGCGCCAGCCGCCGAACGCGAGCAGCUCUUCGUACAGAAGCUACGACAGUGCUGCUUGCUCUUCGACUUCGCUGAUGAACCCCUCUCAGACUUGAAGUGGAAGGAGGUGAAGCGCGCCGCGCUGUUGGAGAUGGUGGAAUAUGUCACGUCGCAGAGGGGAGUCGUCACUGAGGCGAUAUACCCUGAGGCGGUUAAUAUGUUCGCCAUAAACCUCUUCCGAACACUGCCGCCGUCGUCCAACCCCAACGGCGCAGAGUUCGACCCCGAAGAAGAUGAACCCACACUCGAGGCUGCCUGGCCACAUCUUCAGCUAGUCUACGAGUUGUUCCUGAGGCUAUUGGAGUCUCCGGACUUUCAGCCUAAUGUGGCCAAGAAAUAUAUUGACCAGAAGUUUGUGUUAUCGUUGCUAGACCUGUUCGAUUCCGAAGAUCCCCGCGAGAGGGACUUCCUCAAGACGACGCUGCACCGGAUAUAUGGAAAAUUCUUAGUGCUGCGUGCCUACAUAAGGAAACAGAUCAACAACGUCUUUUAUAGGUUUAUAUACGAGACGGAGCACCAUAAUGGAAUAGCCGAAUUACUGGAGAUCCUCGGCUCCAUCAUCAACGGCUUCGCGUUGCCGUUGAAGGAGGAACACAAGAUGUUCCUCCUUAGGGUGCUGCUGCCUCUACACAAGGCGAAGUCUCUGUCCGUGUACCACCCCCAGCUAGCUUACUGCGUAGUUCAAUUCCUGGAGAAGGACCCCUCGUUAACACAACCCGUAGUUAGGGCGUUAUUAAAAUACUGGCCAAAGACGCACUCACCCAAGGAGGUGAUGUUCCUAAACGAGAUGGAGGAGAUCCUCGACGUGAUCGAGCCCGCGGAGUUCCAAAAAAUCAUGGACCCUCUCUUCAGGCAGCUGGCUAAGUGCGUCUCCAGUCCACACUUCCAAGUGGCCGAGCGCGCCCUCUACUACUGGAACAACGAGUACAUAAUGUCCCUGAUCUCGGACAACGCCCACCACAUCCUGCCCAUCAUGUUCCCGUCGCUGUACCGGAACACCAAGAGCCACUGGAACAAGACCAUCCACGGGCUCGUCUACAACGCGCUCAAGCUGUUCAUGGAGAUGAACCAGAAGCUCUUCGACGAGUGCACGCAGCAGUACAAGCAGGAGAAACACAAAGAGCGCGAGCGCCUCCUGCAGCGGGAGGAGCUGUGGCAGCGCCUGGAGGCGCGCGCGGCCCGCGCGCCGGCGCCGCCGCCCGCGCCGCGCCGCGACGACGGCAUCCAGUUCGCCGACGACGCGCCCGACCUCAGCUACUCGAGGAUCGAGAGGGAGGCCACCCAGGCUCGCAAGCAAGGUCUAACCGCAGCGAAGCCGGCGCCGCUGCUCCGCAAGAAGUCGGAGCUGCCGGCCGACUCGGGCACCGUGGCCGCGCUCAUCCAGCACCAGCGCGCCGACCAGUUCCUCAGCACGCCGCCCGACCCCGACCACUGCUAGCGGACAUUAACAACUACAAAACGGGCACCAGCGCUCCCCAGCCCAUCCUCGAAAAAGUGAUCACGUGACCGUGGUCACCAUGGUGGCGGACAGUGGUCAAUGAUCAAUGGUAGUCGGAACAGUGAUCAAUAGUCGUCGGAACAGUGACAGCGGCAGGACGCUCUAGUGACUACGCCUUGUGGUAUAUAUUGAAACCGAUCGGCGGUAAUGAGAAACUAUUCUCCUCGCUUCGCUCGUCGUCGUAUCUCGGAGAAAUAUAAUGCUGGUAACUACGGAUUGGUCUGUAUCCAAAUAUCUAUUCAGGAAAAUAGACUUGCAGCAAAUGUCUAUAACCCUGCAAGUACACGGCAUAAUCAAAUCGAGUUUUAGUUCUAAGUAAAUACUGUAACACAAAAAUCGCUCUAGUACAGUUGAGUUUCACAAUCGUCUUACCAACGUUAGAAAAAUAAUUGUAUUAAUGUUUAAGAUGUUUGUGAACUUGAUCGUAUUAAGAAAGGGCCCUAUAUAUGAAGAUUCGGUAACUGUUCGAUUAUUUUCGUCCACUGUUAUCACCGUGAUCGCAUUAUAUUACUGAAUUAGUAUGAAGAAACGGCAAUUUUUAAAAAUGUACAUGUGUAAUGAGUUUUUCGGAACUUAUGUGGGUAAUUCCACGAGACUGUAACGUCAGUAGCCAAUUCUUUCAUGUGUUCUUACAUUAAUUAAGCAAAUUUAAGUGUCUGUAUAUCUGGCGUAGCCCUACAGUCAGAUAUCUGGAUUCUUAAAUAUGCUUAAUUAAUGUAAGAAAGCGACUGGUAAAUAUCAUUUGAUAUUUACCAGUCGCUUUUCGGUGAAGGAAAACAUCGUGAAGAAACCGGACUAAUCCCAACAAGGCCUAGUUUUACCCUCUGGGUUGGAAGGUCAGAUGGCAGUCGCUUUCGUAAAAACUUGUGGCUACGCUAAAUCUUGGGAUUAGUUGUCAAGCGGACCCCAGGCUCCCACGAGCCGUGGCAGUAUGCCGGGACAACGCUAGGAAGAAGAAGAUAGGUAUGAGGGUCUACCGCGUAUUUUUUCGAUUUCGUUAUCUGUCUCUCUAUCGCUCGAAUAUGCACGAGUGAUAGAGAGACAGAUAACAAAAUUUCGAUUCUCGCAACAGACCCGGUACGGUAGGUUAAAAAUUCCUACAAUAUGCAUGAGAAUGGUUAGGUAUCGAAUCUACUACUACUUUUAUUACUAUGCAAUCGCCGUAAUAAGGUGGACGGAAUUUUGUAUCGCCAAUUUUUUUGCGAAGACAAAAAGUGAAAAUAUAUAAUGUGAAAAUAUCGACAAUUUUCCUAUAAAGGUGUUUCAAUACUAUCCGUUGAACACCGCACGUGACAGAAACUCCGCCGAGUUAUAUAGUUAGUACGCAUACUUAUAUAAAAAUGUAGUUCUGUUGAUGUUUUUAUGUGAUCUGUAGGCUUAGCAUAGGAGCGCCGCGAUAGUAUCUCGCGAGACUUCCCUUCCCUCUCUAAAUAAUACAGUUAGAAAACGUCGGGUAGUCUAGUUGGCGCGCGAGAUACUUGUGGGACUCCAGUGCUAAGUCCACUGUGGUACGACAGUUGAACGUUUAACAUUAACAUAAAUAUUGUCAUAUUUAUACUUGCCAUAGCAAAUUGUAUUUUGUUUUCAUACACAUACGACUCAUAAUAGUGUGGAAAGUAGUUUUGAAAAACGUUCAGCUCUCGGUCCAUUUAUACCUAAAUAUGUGAUCUAAAUGUUGCGAGAAUGUGUCUAUAGAUUUCAAUAUGAAUCACAGAGCGCCAGCAAGCUUGUAUUACUUAAAUUAUUUUUAUAUUUAAAUAUAUAUAAAUCACCAUUCCAUUGAAAACCAACUGGCAUUGCGGUAUAGUGAAAAAGAGAUAAAAACAUUCUAAUGCAUUUGAAGCAUAUGAUAUUGAUAGUCUAUUUUUGACCUUACACUGAAGUACAAUAAUUGUACGACUCUUAAAAUAGAUUACCAUAUCUGUCUGAGUUAUGACUACGUACUAAGCGCCAAUGUUUUUACCCAACAACGGCAAAACCAACUUUUAGCAGUCUAUACAUUAUAUGUGGCUGAGAAAUACCUAAGUAUAUCCUAGCAUAGACUGCAUUUGAACUGUAGGCUUGGCAUGAGUGCACCGCGACAGUACCGCGAGAUAGGCGCCGACUACCCAUCUGUUACUAACUUUAUAAAUUAGAAAGGGUCGGACAGUCUAUCUCGCGCGAGAGAUACUGUCGCGGCGUAUUUGUGUUUCGAAACGAACCCUUUGACUGCCUAAGACGGCCACAGGCAUACACGGUUACAGUUUAAUGUUAACUUCCGUUCAUUCCAAUAACGUUUACGGUGGAGAGUUAUAUGUAACGGUGCCAUCAGAUAUAUCGGAGCGGCCGGGGUGCUCAAAAAUAGCCGAACACGCACUCUAACGCCAUGACAAUAGAGGCGUGUUCAGAUAUAUUUGAGCACCUUGGCUGCGCCGAUCCAUCUGAUGGCGACUGUAACAGGUGUAACGGGCAAAGGGUUAAUCGAUCCAAACUGAUACGAGGGCGUUUUCUAACAAAAAUACUGAAAAUCUGAUUCUUAAUAAUCUGGACAUUUUGGGCUCAUUCUACUCAGAAUUGAUAGCAUUCUCCAUCCUACCACUAAAAAAUAUGUCCCAAAAUGUCAGUUCCAUUACGUCACGUUUUAGUGUGAUUUUUCUUUUACUUGUAUGUGCGUGACGUAGUGGACUACAAUUUUCAUACAUUGGGACUUUUUUGCAUCAGUAUUGAAUAUGCUAGUGAUUCUGAGUUAAAAGAAGCCAAAAACACCAGGAUCUCUGAGAAUCAGUUCUACAAUAUUGUGUUUUUAGGAAAAGCUCACGAAAAUUAUAAUUUAUAACUAAACCCGCACAGACUUUUGGCCGACUCGCUUCAUUCAUCUAGCUGUUAUAAUCAUGUUUAUAUGAAGCCAUUGUAAUAUAGUUCUAUUUAUUAUUUACGAACCAAAUAUGCAUUGACUUAUUUUUAACUUUGUAACAAGUUACUAGGUAUGUGUUUGUGCUAUUUGUUAUAAUAUAUCUAUAUUGUGCAACUCACAAAGGAAUACAGUAAUAAGUAAAAGAGGAAAUUCAUUUUCUCGUGCAUUUUUUUUUUCAUAUAUGAGUAAGGAGUUGACUUAUAUCAAAAGAGUGAUCAUUGUCAGAUUUCCUGGGUUAACCCUUUUCCAGGCCGCACCAAUCUACACGGUUUUCCCAAAAAAUCCAAAUAUAUUCCAAUUAACCCAGUUUUGACGAUUCAUUUGAAGAAAACUAACAUUUCCUGAAAGUGUAAUCCAAUUUGAACAUUAAAUCGGAAUGCUAAAGUUGAAAUUCUAAUGGCGCGUAUGUGGUCGAUAAAUCGUACUAUGCAGGCAUAGUUCCAGGGAAAAGGGUUAAGACCUGGUUGAAAAACCAUAUGUCAUACCUGACGAUUACUCUUCUACGGUUUUAUAAUAUUGAUCAACUACUACACUAAAGUAAGAACAAGCUAAGUUGGCAACGGAUUUUGAUCCAGUCUGUGAAAAUGUUAAGUAAACGUCUUAAAUCUAAAAUAACACUUGCACUCUCUGAGCUAUCAAAACAGCUGCCAACUUAUCUUGGUCUGACUCUAACAAAUUCCGUAAGUAAAAGUAAAAAAUAUUAAAUUAAGAAUCACAUGAACCAACCGCCAUAAAACCGGUCCCAUACUAAUGAAGUACGCUCUCCUUUUUAAACGACAUGCUUUAAAUUCAUGAAAGGCAUGAAUAUUACAUUUACGUUAUUAUAUUUACGUUACACAUAUGUCUGAUACUAGUGUUAAUUGCUAAAAAUGGUGAAACAGACAAUAGGGUAAUGACUACUAGUCAAAUCAGUUUCUUUUUCGACGUGUCAAAUGGAUUUGCCACUAUGGAAUUAACAUGAAGUCCUAGCAAAUGACGUCACCCUUCAUAGUUCUAUACACUUUAUAAAAUAGAAAUUGUGUCUAAAAACACUUCUGUCUACGUUUUUCUAUUAAAGUUCUAGUGAUUUAUUUUAUACAUGGUGUGAAAUAAUUUAUAUUAAAUACAGUCAACACCCCUAUAGAGAUGUUCUAGGUACGAAAACUAGUAGUAGUACUAGCUUUGAACAUGCUCUUCAAAAAUCUAAAUCCACAGCACAGGCUUCGUCAAAAGCGUAGGUACUAAACGGAAUCCGCAACAAACUUCGUCCAAUCUACAUCAGUGAUAAUCCGCCACAGGCUCCAUCAAAAAUGUGCAAGAUAAAAUCCGGAAUAAGCGUUGUCCAAAAAUCUAACAAUACCUACGCCUUCACGUUAGUCCCCGUUCCGUUCCAAAAAUACUGGCCACUUUACCGAUCUGUACUGCCAGUGAUAUUUGCUGGACCAGGUAUGAAACCAGACGUAGAUGUAUGUUACAUGUUCAUGUCAGAUUUCAUUUUAUUUCCGAAUGUUUUAUAUGAGAGCGUAACUUCUAAUCUAUGGCGUCGGCUAGGUUUGUGUGAAAAUUAAUUGGAAACAAAACCAAAUCUAAGAAGGACCAAUACGAGUAUCAUGUUCACAUGGGCUAUUGAUCAAUUAAUAUUUGUUGAAGGCUCAAACCAGUAGCUUGUUACUUAGAGGGAAUCAUGCCAUAGUUUAUGCCUUAACUAAUAGAUAUAACGUAAUAGACUAAUCUGGUUGACUACACGGCACCCAUGUUUCAGAAUUUUCUUUAGUUUUAAUUAACAAUUUACUUCAAUCGUCGGGCUAUAACGCAAACACACGUAGUUUUCGUGCUUAAUUUAACUAAGUGUGCUAUUUUUAGUAAAUGUAUACAGCACUGGUUGCUUGCUACUCUAACUUAUAGCUGCGUCUCUUAUCCGACGAUUGAGGAAAAUGUAGAGCCUAUCAUUAGUUGCGUGCUUGGCGUGCCAAAGGUGACAAAUAAGUAUCUGUUUCGAUUCACUGUUAGACGCCAAAAUGAUAUAAGGUAAUUACGGGUAAGUGUAACUAAGGUGUGUGUGUGUGUAACUGGCCUUCACAUUAGGGCCGGUUUACACAUUGAUUAGUGUCGAAUAAAUGAACUUGCAAUAAACACUAAUGGAUGUGGAAACUGGCCCUAAUGUGAAGACCAGUUCUAUACUAACCUCGUAGCUACACUUAGCCGUAUUGACCUUACUUGAAUAGUCUAUUUUGAGUGAUAAGAGUAUAAAAAUGUGUUUUCAACCUUAUCAAAAGUAUGACCCUAUAAAAACAUUGUUAUAUAUUUUUGAGACGUUGAUUGAGACAUUUCUAUACUUGUUUAUAGAUAAUAUGUAUCAUCAAAAUCAUGAUAAAAUAUAACAUUAACAAGACGAUUUGUAUAAAUGAAAGUGUGUAGGUAGUUUAUGAAUGUAAAGAUUGAGUGAGCACCUCUUUUAAAUUAUUUAUUUUAUAUUUUUUAAUCCAACGUGAAUGUCUAUAUUUGAAAUUAACCGAAUAUAAUUAAUUAUACACCUUACGAUUAUGGAACUGGUAUGUUAAAUUGAUUGCAUUCGUUUUUAUUUAUUGCCUUAUGAAUCUAGUGAUGUGCCGUGGGAAUUUUCUUGGAACAAGGAAUAUUCCCUUGUGGAAAAUUCCUGGGAAAUCUCCCCUGUUCCCGGGAACGUUCCCUAAACAGGAGAAUCUUGAAAGAUUAAGUGAAUUACAACUUUAAUUAAAGCUAGUUAUUUACAAGUAAUUGCGUAAACUAGUAAUAUAAAGCGUAAACUGUAAAUGGCUUCCCAACCAAAAUUAUUUGAAAAGUGGGUUUGCUUAAAACAGUCGCCACUUUGGAUUUUU